AGUAGAGAGACAGCAGCAUCAGUUUGGCGAUAGACAGCGCACUGUGUGAUACAUAUCCCGGGGAGUGGGAGACAGGGCACCAGCUGAUGCCAUGCCGCAGAGCUCUGGGAGGAAGAGCUGACCCUCAUGCCCAGCCAUGGCACCGGCUGUCGGGCUCUGCCAGCUGCUGCUUCUCCUCCUCCUCUCCUCGGCUUCUGGGCUGAGGCUGCUCACCAGCUUCCAGUCCGGGCACCCCACUAACAACUUCGCCCUGGACGGAGCCGGGCAGCGGGUGUACCUGGCGGCGGUGAACCGGCUGUACCAACUGCGGGCAGGAGACCUGAGCCCGGAGCAGGAGGAGGUGACCGGACCGGUGCCGGACUCCCCGCUGUGCCAUGCCCCGCAGAUCCCGGAGUCCUCCUGCGAGUUCCCCCGGGCACCGACCCCUAACUACAACAAGAUCCUGGAGCUGGACGCGGAGCAGGGGCUGCUGCUGACCUGCGGCUCCGUCUACCAGGGGCUGUGCGAGCUCCGCGCCCCGCGGAACAUCUCGCUCCGCGCAGUGCCCUUUCCCCCGCGCAACGUGGUGCCCAGCAUGCUGAACAUUGCGGCCAAUCACCCCAACGCCUCCACCGUGGGGCUGCUGAUCAGGGGCCAACAAGGGGACACCAGGCUCCUGGUAGGGGCCACAUACACCGGCUACGGCAGCCAGUUCUUCUCCUGGAACCAGAGCGUGGCGGACCACCGCUUCGAGAACACCCCGGAGAUCUCCAUCCGGGCCCUGAACGCCAGCCACCCCUCCCGGCUCUUCACUUUCGACAUUAGCCCCUCGGAGGACAACAUCUUCAAGGUGAAGCAGGGCGACAAGAACCGCCACCGCCUGGUCUUCGUGCGGGCCUUCCAGCAGGGCGGCUUCGGCUAUCUGGCCAUGAACAUGGAGCCCGCCCCCGCGGGGAAGGAGAGCCGGCCCAGCAGCGUCCUGGCACGCUUCUGCCUGAGAGCGGAUCCGCGGGGGGAGGUGCGCAAGAUCACAGAGUCCUACAUCCAGCUGGGGCUGCGCUGCCAGGGGCCGGCGGGCACGCUCUACGGGCGCCUGCUGUCUGUCUACGCGGAGCCGGGGCGGAUAUUCGGGGUGUUCGAGGGCCAGCGGGAGGCUGCGCUCUGCGCCUAUGGGCUGCAGGAUGUGGGCAAAGAGAUCCGCGGGGCGCGUAGAGGCUGCUUCGAGAGCCGGGACCGCGGAGAGGUGUCGGUGCUGGACAGUGUGGUGCAGGGGACCGGGCCAAGCUGCGAGCCCAGCAGGGGCAACUCCAAAAACCUAAAGCUGCAGGAAGAGCAAUUGGAUUGUGGGGCCGCUCAUCUCCAGCACCCGCUAGCUAUCAAUCGCCCUCUGUCUGCGACGCCGCUCUUCAAGGCACCGGGUUUGACCUCCGUGGCAGUGUCCAGCGUCAGCGGCUACACGGUGGCGUUUUUGGGCACAACCAGCGGCCGGCUGCACAAGAUUAACCUCGAUGCCACCAUGAACGUUGUGAGCAAACAGUCCAUCCCCGUAGCUCGCGGGCAGCCGGUGCACCACAUCAUGCAGUUUGACCCUGUAGAUCCCACCUACCUCUACGUGAUGACAUCACACCAGCUGUCACUAGUGAAAGUUGCGGAUUGCAGCGCCUUCCGGACCUGCGCAGAGUGCCUGCAAGCUGCUGACGCGUAUUGCGGAUGGUGCACCAUGGAAGACAGGUGUUCUAUGCAGCAGGACUGCCAAAGCUCAGAGGAUUCCAAGUUCUGGACCAGCGCUAGCAUGGGAGUACCGCAGUGCCCGUCUAUGAAGAUUAUGCCGGAUAGGUUUGACUUGGCCUUAGAUACCCAGACAAUCCUUCUGGAAAUCACCGGGAAUCUCCCCAGCCUUAUGCGCAUGAACGCAUCUUGCGAUUACGGCAGUGGGGUGCUCGUGCCAGCUUCUAUUGUGUACGAUGCAGAUGCCUCCCAGCAAUGGGCUCGGUGCUCCUUCCUUCCCAGAGAGAAAUUCCCAGCAUUCCCGGAAAACCAAGAUUACACGGCUACCACCAUGGCAGUGACGGUAGGGGGGACCCGGAUCGCUCAGAAGGACUUUGUCAUAUAUGACUGUGAGAGGACGCAGAGCAUAAACCUCAAAACAUCGUGCACGAGCUGCGUGACCUCGCCGUGGCCCUGUAGCUGGUGUGUAAAGGAGCACGCAUGCAUUUCCAACGCUUCACAAUGCGAAUUUGCUGUCAAGAACAGCACAGAGUGUCCCAGAAUAACCACCACAGACAUGUUACCCACCCCUACAGGAAUCACCAGGGACUUCACCCUGACUCUGGCAAAGGGGAACCUGUCUGAGGACCUGGCCCUGGAAUGUCAUUUUGGGACAGAACAAACCUUCCCGGCUAAAUGGUUAAAUUCCUCAGCUGUCCUAUGCAGCAACGUCCUGCUGCACACGUCUGAGAGCAGACAUACGUUUCCGGUGAAUCUGCAGCUGAUGAACCAUUCAGGACAGUUUCUUGACAAUCCAUACAUGAUGGCCGUUGAAGUAUAUAACUGCGCAGCGGAAACCAAUGACUGCUCUCGCUGCAUCGGGCGGACAUAUUUAAAACACUACUGCACGUGGUCUGACAGCAGCGCCUCCUGCAGGCAGGGCAGUGAAUCCGCCAGUGGAUCUUCUAAGAACAGCUGCCCACCCCCAGAGAUCAGGAAGAUUGAGCCGGUGAAUGGGCCCCUAUUUGGUGGCACGUUACUCACAAUACAAGGACGCAACUUAGGAAGCCGAUACGAAGACGUUGUCAACAAGGUCAAAAUUGGAAACAUCUCAUGUGUCCCAGUCAUGGAGGAAUAUCUGGUGUCUGAUAAGAUUGUGUGUAUGACGGGAGCGGCCCCUAUGGAGGUCAGUGACUGGGUGACAGUGGACGUGAAUGGAGGCGGUCGCUCCAAGGAGAAAUAUACCUAUAUGGAGCCGGAAGUGCUUUCGUUGUUUCCCAGUCUGGGCCCGCGAGCUGGAGGGACAAAGCUCACCAUCUCUGGGAGAAAUCUGGACAUCGGUGGAGACGCUCGUGUCUUCUUCAGUUACAUCCUGGAGUGCCGAGACCUCAUACGCACAGAGAGCAGUAUCCGGUGCACGGUACCAGCUAUCGGAGCCCAUCUCAUUAUCGCCCCGGUCUGUGUCACGUUUGAAGGGAAUUCCUGCCUGAAUGGCAGCCUCACCUUCCAGUACAGGGAGAACCCAGUGAUCGCAAGCAUUGAGCCUAAGAGGAGCCACGCGAGUGGCGGCCGGAUCAUCACCCUGAUCGGAGAAAGAUUUGACCUGGUGCAGGACAUAAAAAUGAAGAUAAAAGAUCAUAAGGGAGAACAGGUGAACUGCACGGUCCACAGCGACGUAAUGAUCACCUGCCCCUCUCCAAGUGCCCCAAAUGCCACCCUGGAGAAAAAAAACUUCAGCUUGGACUUCUCCAUCAAUGGGCUUUCUCUUUCCGAUGACCAUAAGGAUCUUGGCAAUGACACGGAUGAAGAGGAGUCUGCAAACAGCUGGUUCAGCCUGGAGUACCAACCCGACCCCUUGUUCUUCACAGCCAAUAAGGAAAAGCUGAUCAAGCACCACGUUGGGGAACCGUUGACCCUGGUUAUCCAUAAAGAACAUGAUGAUCUUGGCCUGAAGGCUGAUGAGUACCAGGUGAAGGUUGGACGGACCCCCUGCGAGCUGAUCGUCUUCAAUGAUAAAGUCAUUCACUGCAGCAUUAACGAGUCUCUCAGCUCAGAACGCUAUCAGCCUGUCACGAUUCAACUUGGUAACCUGAACCAGACCAUCACCAUGCUGCACUUAGCUGGGAUAGACACCUCCAUCGUCGUGUCUAUAGUCAUCUGCAGUAUCCUGUUACUGCUCUCUGUGGUGGCUCUGUUUGUCUUCUGCACCAAGAGUCGGAGAGCUGAGCGCUACUGGCAGAAAACUCUGGUGCAAAUGGAAGAGAUGGAAUCCCAGAUCCGGGAGGAGAUAAGGAAAGGAUUUGCCGAGCUGCAGACCGAUAUGACUGACCUGACCAAGGAGCUAAACCGCAGCCAGGGAAUCCCAUUCUUGGAGUAUAAGCAUUUUGUGACCCGCACCUUCUUCCCAAAGUGCUCCUCCCUAUACGAAGAACGUUACAUCCUGCCCACCCAGAACUUCAGCUCCCAGCUGGUCAACCAGGUCCCAGAGACGCACCCGCUGCUCUGCGUAGAAUGGAAGGUACCGGAGAGCUCCCGAACAAACAUGGAGGAGGGAAUGGCGACAUUAUCCACCCUGCUCAGCAACCGCCACUUCCUCAUCACUUUUAUCCAUGCGGUAGAGAUGCAGAAAGACUUCGCUGUGCGAGACAGGUGUAACCUGGCCUCUCUCCUCACCGUGGCCCUACACGGAAAGCUGGAGUAUUAUACGAGUAUCAUGAAGGAUCUGCUGGUCGAUCUCAUAGACUCCUCGGCUCCCAAAAACCCUAAGCUGAUGCUCCGCAGGACCGAAUCCGUGGUGGAGAAGAUGCUGACCAACUGGAUGUCUGUCUGCAUGUACAGCUGCCUCAGGGAGACUGUGGGAGAACCAUUCUUCUUGCUUUUGUGCGCCAUAAAGCAGCAAAUCAAUAAGGGCUCCAUCGACGCUAUCACCGGGAAGGCCCGGUACACCCUGAACGAGGAGUGGCUACUGAGGGAAAACAUUGAGGCCAAGCCUAUGAACCUCAACGUCUCCUUCCAAGGCUGUGGCAUGGACUCUCUGACCGUGCGCGUCCUGGAUACGGACACCGUCAGCCAGUGUAAGGAGAAGAUCCUGGAGGCUUUCUGCAAGAACCUGCCCUUCUCACAGUGGCCACAAGUGGACGAUGUGGAUUUAGAAUGGUUCGCAUCCAGUUCCAAGAGCUUUAUCCUGCGAGAUCUGGACAACCUGUCGCUCAUGGAAGACGGAAGGAAGAAGCUGAACACUCUGUCGCACUAUAAGGUGUGUGACGGAGCCUCGCUUGCCAUGAGUCUGAAAGACCAAAGGGAUAACACCCUGGGGCGAGUGAAAGACCUGGACACCGACAAGUAUUUUCACCUGGUUCUUCCAAAUGAUGAUAUACAGGAAAACCGUAAAUCUCACAGACAGAGCCACAGGAAGAAGGUUCUGCCGGAGAUCUAUCUUACUCGCCUGCUCUCUACAAAGGGAACGCUGCAGAAAUUCCUGGAUGACCUGUUCCGAGCGAUUCUCUGCAUCCGCGAGGACCGGCCGCCCCUGGCCAUCAAAUACUUCUUUGACUUCCUUGAAGAGCAGGCAGAGAAGCGAGGGAUCUCUGAUCCGGACACGCUGCACAUCUGGAAGACCAACAGUCUUCCUCUGCGUUUCUGGGUAAACAUCCUGAAGAACCCAGAAUUUGUGUUUGAUAUGGAGAAGUCUGACCACAUGGACGCCUGUCUGUCGGUCAUCGCCCAGGCGUUCAUCGAUGCGUGUUCAAUCUCCGAUAUGCAACUGGGGAAGGAUUCUCCUACUAACAAGCUGCUGUACGCCAAGGAAAUUCCUGAGUAUAGGAAGAUUGUGCAGAAAUAUUACCGGCAGAUCAAAGAGAUGAGUCCGCUGAGCGAGCAGGAGAUGAACGCCCACCUUGCCGAGGAGUCGCGGAAAUACCAGAAUAAAUUUAACACCAACGUGGCGAUGGCUGAAAUUUACAAGUAUGCCAAAAAAUACCGUACACAGAUUGUGACCGCCCUUGAGGCAAACCCCAUCACCAAACGUGGGCAGCUUCAACACAAAUUCGAGCAGGUGAUUGUGCUAAUGGAGGACGAUAUCUACACUUGUAGCAGCGAAGCGUAGGAGGGGACGGCUGGGUCUCCUCUCUUCUGAUCCAGAACCUUGGAAAGCAAAUCUGUGUUGCAGAACUCUUGGAUGAUGAGAGAUUCUGAAAUGUAUUUGUCCACCACCCCCAAAUCUGGUCUGUUCCAGGGUGGCGGGCAUCAAAGAGUGCACUAGGAGUGACGUUGUAGCCUCGGAAUUAUAACAGGGCUGAGGAUACGGAUCCCACUUUCUAGAGGAUAUAGUCCGUUGGACAUUUCAGGAUUAUACCCUUUUGAAUAUUUGCCUUCCUCGUAUGACCGUCAGGCCUCAAUUUGCCGCAGCCUGGCCUGUUCUCAGCUGCGCCACGGAAUAUUUUAGACACGUACUGUUUUCAUUAAUAGAUUUGUAUAUCACAGAUCAGAUUCUGCACUGUAAAUGUGACCUUUCUUAUUAACCAUGUCUGUGGCCGCACGCACAGCCUAGGGGGAACAACCACUUCUGAAGGCUCGGAGCGUCUGCCCGCUGCAGAGCUGACAAUGCGCGGUAGUGCGUCCCGACUGUACACCAUUUGCUGUGAGUGCCUUAUUGACAGAUCUCAGGAUAUGAAAAGGGAGGAGGACGCUUUGGUAAUAUAGGAACCUGUUUUUUCUGCAGGCAUUAAUGACGUGGCGCAUCCCUCAUCCGGAAAUGUGGGGAGCGCAUCCCAACGCACUUGAAUUCAUUCCAGAUAUUAACGAAGAUAGGAAAGCAUUCUUUUACCUGGGAACUAUACCCAUAGGGAGAUGCUGUGUUAGACAGGCGCUACAUGGGCGGUUCUCCCUCUCCCGAGAGUAAUCUCUUUAGAUUCCAUAUUUUAAUCAUAGCGCAAUGCGACUUUAUGUAAUUUCCUUGUGAUAACCUCAUGGCGCCCACGCGGUGGGGAUAGGGGGUGCUUUCCAUUUAACUUUGUAAGCGCACAUCCCCUGCCCUGAUUGAGCUCCUCCUGAACUGUUAAUGGCUCAUCCUAUUAAACUGUACAGGGGAACAUGAAUCAUCUGAGUUUGGUGGUAAGAGGUCAAAGUGCACAUUUGUAGGGAAUCGUUGCUCCACAAUAAGGUUAAAAGUCACUUGCAGAUCAGAGGACGUAGGAGAAAGUGAGAUCAGUGUAUUGUCAUCAGAAUGCGCCUGUGUAGCCCAAUAGUAAAUGACGCCUCAAUAGACGUGUGUUCCUAUGGUCUUGGAAUAUUGAGGCGGGGGCAUAUGACCUGUACCGAAGCAGGUAAACCUACACACAAAGCACAGCAGGUGUUAUAUUAUAGGGCACUUUGUGUUUUCUGUAUAGGAAACGAAGACAAUCAUCAGCAUUCAGGCGGAUGGCGCCCUAACACACGCCCGGCGGUUAGCUGAAGAGGACGGGUGCUGCAUUCCUGCAGAUUCCGCUGGUGAAGGUUACCGCCCAGCGUCAUAAACGGUGCAUUGCUGCCAGAGUGAAGUAUAAAAUGGUUUACGGUCAGUUACGGGGAAAAACGCCAUAUUCCAGCAUGAAGAUUGCUGGAUUAGCCUGGAAAUGGCAGGAAUAAGAAAUCUAUCUCCAGCUGUUGAACUACAAGUUCCAGCAUGCAGGUUGCAAAUCAUUGGUUGCCUCCUGCCAGUGUGACUCCUCUCUGCAAGAUGGCAGAAUGUUCUUACAGUAUGAUUGUGAUGCCUCAGUUUGUGGUAGGUGGGUUCUUUACUGCUGACCACUGCAUCAUCACUAUAUCCGGGCAGUCUGUGUACCAGGAGGACGGUGAUCAGGUAGCUGGCUACGCCAACCGGUUCUCUGCCCGUACCUGCUUCUCUGCCACAUACAGAUGUAAACAUUAUAUAUGAAAAGUGACAGAGCCAAUUACUCAAUUAUGUGAAUAUCUGCUGAGCAGAGACGUUUCGUAAAUAAGAGACAUUAACGUGUACCCUUUUGCAGACCGCUACUUUGUGGGCUGAACCAGUAUCCAGAUACAACCUGUGCCACCUACAGUUGAGGUGGACCUCUCGUGGGUGGAGUUUUAAUGUUUGUGUUAAUUAGUCCUGUCAGUUUAUUAGCAACGGUGAUGUCACUAGUUCAUAUUGUAUCCAUAGGCUGCAUUUGAAUGUUGGUUCAGUUCACAAAAUGGCCGCCUCCACUGAGGAGGCCACAGGUGCACUUUAGUGGGAAAAAUAAACAUACAUUUUGACUUAUAGGAAGCACAAGGUGACCCCAAUUAGGUUCACUGUAGGAUAUGAUUGACUAGGAACCUGCAGUGCAUUAUGGGAGGGUUCCUCGCAUAAGAUGGUAGAAUUAGGAUUGGGCCGCUGGUGUUGAACCUCUUUCCAGCGCUUUUCGGCUAUAUUUACGGCUCCCUCUCUGCUGUGACAGCGCCCUCCAGAGAGAACAGGGAUCAGUCCGAAUUUCAGAUUAGACCAUAAACGCCUCUUCUGGCAGAGGCCCCUGCACCUUAGUAGCAGGUGAUGAUGCACACUGUAUGUAGAUGUAUAUAACGCAGAUCCUGAUAUAAGUAUUAUUGUUCUAUUGUCAGAUUGUUAUUUGUAAUAAAAAUUGAUAUUUAAAGUCUAA